AUGGAGGAUCCAGGAUCCUCCAGGAUCCAUGAAGACAUUAAAGCACUAGAGAGCAAUAAUCAAGCCUUAGCUGAUGCAAAGAUCCAGGAGUACUUGGAUCAGCAGAACAAUAUUCCACUAAAUAUUGCCGUCACAGGAGAGACAGGCUCUGGUAAAUCCACCUUAGUUAAUGCCUUCAGAGGCAUAGACAAUAGGGAUGAGAGAGCUGCUCCUACUGGUUGUGUAGAAACCACCUUAGAGGUUUCACCAUACCCCCAUCCCAACUAUCCCAAUGUCACACUGUGGGAUCUUCCUGCUAUUGGCACCACCAACUUUCCAGCUGACAACUACCUGAAGCUUGUUGGAUUUGAAAGGUUUGACUUCUUCAUCAUCAUCUCCGACACUCGCUUCAGAGAAAGUGAUGUGAAGCUCGCUCAGGAGAUUCAGAGGAUGAAGAAAAAGUUCUACUUUGUUCGUUCAAAGAUUGAUAGUGACUUAAGAAAUGAGGAAAUAAGUCAGGGAUCAAGGUUCAACGCAGAAAGGUGUCUUCAACAAAUCAGGGACAACUGCAUUCAGGGUCUUCAAAGACAAGGUGUUGAGUCUCCUCAAGUCUUCCUGGUGUCCAGCUUUGAUCUCCACCUGUAUGACUUCACUCUCUUAGGGGACACCUUUGAGGGAGAACUUCCUGCACACAAGAAGCAUGCUCUGCUGCUGGCCAUGCCCAACAUCAGCCUGGAGGUCAUCAACAAGAAGAAAAAGGCUUACCAGUCCAAAAUAAAAUACUAUGCUAUGCUUAGUGCAGGUGUAGCAGCUGUACCAGUUCCUGGGCUUUCUGCUGCAGUUGAUGUGGGUGUGUUGGUUUCUGUUGUUACACAGUAUGUAAAUGGGUUUGGGCUUGACAUCCUGUCACUGCGGAGACUCACUGAUAGAAGAGGUAUGCCAUUUAGGGAUUUGAUUAACAUCAUAGUUUCACCACUGGCUGCAACAGAAAUAACCCGAGAUCUUGUGUUGAAGGUGCUUCUUAGAUGUGCAGGCACAGCUGCAUUAAUGGCAGCAGAGGAAGUGUUCAGAUUUAUUUCAGUAUUUGGAAUCCCUGCAGCAAUGAUCCUUUCUUUUACCUUCAUCUACAGAGCUCUCAAUUAUUUCCUCGACACACUUGCUGAGGAUGCAGAGAGGGUGUUUAAAAGGGUCAUGGGUUUAGACACCUCAUUGUGAUUUUGUAAAGUGAAUGGCAGUGGCAUUUAGUGGCACAUUAAAAACUGCAGAGAAAGAGCUUUUGAAUUAUGUUUGUGAGUAGACUGCAUUUUAAUUUUUUAAGUGCUCAAAUCAUAC